UAUAUAGAAUGAAAUUAUCCCUACCCACAACAUGUUGACAGAUAAGAAAGUACAGAUUGCAUGUAAGAUAAUUACACAGUAAUUUGGAGGGACACAUAAGGGGAAUCAGGAGAGGUCUUUUGAAGGAGGUGACCCUUGUCCUGAGCUUUAAGGGAAGCUCAAGAUUUCAAGAGGUGCAGGUGAAUAGGUGAACAUCCUAGGCCAGAGGGACAGACAGACACACAGCCUGUGCGAAAGCACCAAGGUGGUGUGUGGUGAUCAGCAAGUCAGCCAGUUUGGCUGGAGCCUGCCAGUGUUUAAAGGGGAGUAAUGUGUGAUCAGCAAGAAAGAUAGGAGUCAGAUUGUGAAAGGCUUUAAAUACCAAACAGAGGGGUUUGUAUUUAUCCCAAAGGGUCAUGGGGAGCCACUGAAGCUUUUUUAAAGAGGGAAAUCAGUCCUAACAGUAAAUAACCAAAGCAAGAAUUCUUUGUUUUAUUAUGAAGAAAUGCUUUCCCGUCAUGAUGGUGGGAAUUGCAUGUGUGUAUGGAAUGGACUGUAAGCUGGAAAGGUCUUGGGGUGAACCCUUUCCUGGUGAUAUGGAAGAGGAUGUUGGCUGGAUCUGGAGAAAGUAAAGGGAGCUGGCAGCAAAUAAGAUGGGAGUCAAUCCAACCAGUGUUGAUUCAGUAAUUAUUGGGAAAGACCAGGAGGCAACACUAAAGCCAGGACAGAUUCUCCACAUUGUGAAUGAACUUUACCCUUACACUGUACAAUUUGUAGAAGAAACUGAGACACCUGUCCUAGGAAGAGAAAGGAAGAGAAAGAGGCCUUGUGACAACAACCAGAAUGAAAAGGAUGAGGACAAUAAAGCCAGAAAGGUGGUGGAAAUGGAGCCCUUGGACCCUUCAGAGCGCACUUCAAUUCAUAAGCCAGGCAACACCAAAACUGCUGAAGCUCUCAAAAAAGGUGGUAGUACUCCCAGUGAAAAGGCAUCCUUUGGACAUUGGAGUCAAGGUUUGAAGAUUUCUAUGCAUGACCCCAAAAUGCAGGUUUACAAAGAUGACCAGGUAGUUGUGAUUAAUGACAAAUAUCCUAAAGCUCACUACCACUGGCUUGUGUUACCGUGGAUCUCCCUUUCCACUUUGAAGAGUUUAAAUCACCAGCAUGAAGAGCUUCUCAAGCAUAUGCAUGCCAUAGGAGAAAAGAUGAUUGAAGAGUGUGUGGACGCUAAACACCUACAGUUUCGGCUGGGUUAUCACGCCAUUCCUAGCAUGAGCCACGUGCAUCUUCAUGUUAUCAGUCAGGAUUUUGAUUCUCCUUGCCUCAAGAAUAAAAAACACUGGAAUUCUUUCAAUACAGACUAUUUCCUUGAUUCACAAGAUGUAAUAAAAAUGAUCCAGAAAGAUGGAAAAGUGACUGUUCCAGGUGGAGUAUCUGACCUUUUGAAGCUACCACUGCGUUGUCAUAUAUGCAAGGAGCAGCAACCCACCAUCCCCCAGUUAAAAGAUCAUCUCAGGAAACAUGCAUCAAAGUGAUUUUGUUGAACUUAUCACUUUUAAGAAGAGAAUCUGAAGUCUGGGUGUUAGGAGUGGACUUAUACCUAAUACCUUUUCUGGAUUUUUUCAGAAGCAGAAGAACUCGUACUUGUUUAAUUAAAAUGAAUCUUUUUAAAA